AUUUUCUUCCCAAUCAUACACAGCUAAAAGAUGUGUAAUUUGGGAUCGGUCUUGAUUUGCGCAAGCAUGAAUACCUUUAAUUCUAUAAAUAAAAUUUUCAUGAAAUCAUUAAUAUAUAAACCUAGGCAAUUAGUAACAAGUGCAUUAUUACAAACCAAAGAAAUAGAAGUAAAAGUUGAAAAUGAACAUUCUUUGAGAAUGAAACAGUUUCAUAAAAAACUGAAACUGCAACCUAUACCAAGGGUGCCUCCAAAAGAACGUUUUGUAGAUUUGUUAUUAGUAGAAACCGAUCCAAAUAAUGGAGAAUUAAUAACAAACGGUGAAAAAGAUCCAACGAAAUGGGGAGACUGGCAACAUGGUGGACGGGUGAGCGACUUUUGAAUAAAAAAUCAUAACUUUCAUUUAAAGAUUUGAACGUAUAUCCAAAAUAGAAGGAAACAAGAAUCUGAAUUCGUUUUAAUCUACAAAAUCAAUUAAUGCUGAUUAUAAAUCUUAUAUCUUUCUCAUCUCUAUAAACUUUUGAAAAAUUUUAUUCCAACAUAAUGGAGUAACACUUACAAAAUAAUAACUGUACAUAUUCUUAAUAAUGAGAAUAAAAAUGUUAAUACUGACAAAAA